GCCCAUUAUAAGAAAUUGAAGAUAUUCAAAUGCUCAACUAUGCACUGCUUUCCUUGUAUGUAUCCAUCCCCUUAUUCGCCUUCCAGUCCAACACUCCGUUCGUUCCUUCUCAAAUCCGAUUGUGGAAAAGCAGAGAGUUCGAGUGGGAGAGAAGCGGAAGGCUCGAAGGAGACAUCAAUGGUGACGGAUGAUAGCGACUCCUCUGGGAGAAUCUUGAAGUCCCAUGUAGAUGAUGAUGAUGAUGCUAAUCGUCUGGAGGGUUUAAAGGACAAGUUGACUCAGCUUAAAAGGAAUAUUCAAGGAGAAAGAGUUAGAUCCUCCUGGAAAAUGCAGGAAAAAUUCGAGAGUAACAGAAAGAAAGUGGAUCUUCAUGUUUCUCCCAUUUCAUCAAGCGCAGGGGAUAUUGGAAAUAGCAAUAUGAUUUCUCUGAGGAUGGAAAAGCCACUCUGCAAGUUAAAUGGUUUUCCUCAUGGGGUUGGAGAUAGAGACUAUGUUCCUACCAAGGAUGUUAUAUCAACAAGUGUCAAGCUUCCGAAUACCCUUGAAAAUCAAAGAAUGGCUGAAGAUCAGUCUGUGGUUGGUCGCAGACAAAUCUACUAUGAUCAGCAUGGUGGGGAGACACUAAUAUGUAGCGAUAGCGAGGAUGAGCCAGAACCUGAGGAAGAAAGACGUGAAUAUUCCCAGGGUGAAGACUGCGUCAUAUGGUUGAUUGGGCAGGAGUAUGGCAUGGGUGAGGAAGUGCAGGAUGCUCUCUGCCAGUUCCUCAGCUUAGAUGCUUCAGAUAUUCUGGAAAGAUACAAUGAGCUCAAGUUGAAGAACGAACAGAAAGUUGAGAACUUCUCUGAUUCAGGAUUGAAGCUGGGAAUAUUUCUGGAAAAAGGCCUUAGUGCUGCUCUAGAUUCGUUCGAUAAUCUUUUUUGCCGUCGUUGCUUGGUAUUUGACUGUCGUCUGCAUGGAUGUUCUCAGCCUUUAAUUAGUGCUAGUGAAAAGCAGCCUUAUUGGUCUGAUUAUGAAGGUGAUAGGAAUCCCUGCAGCAAACAUUGUUACCUCCAGCUCAAGGCGGUCAGAGAAGUACCAGGAGCAAGCAGUAAUUUUGCAUCUCAAACGGAAGACAAAUCUUCAGAAGAGGAAUGCAGCAAGGCUGUCUCCUCUGAUGGCCCUCAUGAUGCUGGUGGUGGUUCCAAGAAUUUAGAUUCAUCCUCUGGUGUAGAACAAGACCAUGAAAGUAGGGGAAAGCGUGAGGUCCGGAAUCUCGAAGACUCCAGUGAUCUGCCUAAUUUAUCAAACAAGAAACAGAAGACUGCAGCCUCAGAUGCAAACAUGUCAUUUCUUGAUUCUAUUCCUAGCUUAGAUCGUACAUUGGCUAGCACAAAGAGUGAUCAAGGUGGAACAGCUGAUACAAACGAAGUAAAUAGAGACUCAGUAGCUGAUAAACAAGAAGUAGCUGAGCUUAUUCCAGACAAGUUGGUCCGUGAUGGAGGUUCCUCAGUUUGUCAGCUAGAGCUUGGUAGUGGAAACGGAACAAUAAUUAUUGGAGAAAUGUCUGAGACAAGUCAACCAUCUACAGAGUGGAAGCCUAUUGAGAAGGAUCUUUACUCGAAGGGAGUCGAAAUCUUUGGGAGGAACAGCUGUCUUAUUGCAAGAAACCUGCUUUCUGGCCUGAAGACAUGCCUAGAUGUGUCCAGUUACAUGCGUGAAAACGAAGUUUCAGUUAGUCGAAGAUCUAGCACUCCGAAUUUGCUGUUGGAUGAUGGCAGGACAGACCCAGGGAAUGAGGAUGAUGAGGUGCCUCCAAGGACAAGAUUGUUCCGUAGAAAAGGCAAAACCCGGAAGCUGAAAUACUCUACAAAGUCUGCUGGUCAUCCAUCUGUCUGGAAAAGAAUAGCCGGUGGCAAAAACCAGUCGUGUAAGCAAUACACACCGUGUGGAUGCCAGUCAAUGUGCGGGAAGGAAUGCCCUUGUCUAACUAAUGAAACUUGCUGCGAGAAAUAUUGCGGGUAUGCCAAAAGAAUCAACGUGACAAUGAGGCAAAUUCAGUAG